AGUCAACUAGUAACAAUGUAAAAAUAUAAACAGACAAUUCAUUACUAGUCUUGAACAGCGCUCUUUCGCCCUGGCAAGGCAUCAAAACGACUGAGGUUAAAAGUCUGACUCUGACUAAGUCCGGGGAAAUGCCAGUGAUGCUGUUACCUUAUUGUGAAAACGAAAUAUUCCUCGGAAAAAAAAACAUACCGAUACACACAACAGAGGUUAUAAAUAAAUCAGGAUUCAUGGCCGCUUCUCAGUUAUGAAAUGGUCAUUCCACGUUGAAUGGGUGUGUAGUGAGCAUCUCUGGGACGUUUUAGUGUACAUAUAUUGAACAUCUCUGGGACAUUUUAGUGUACUAUUGCAUCAAAAUGAGUAUCGAACGUAGAUCCUGUACGGGCUCCGCGCCGCACGUGACCAAAAGGUUAUGUGCCACAAUGAUGUUCUUUAUAGGAAUUGUCUGUAUAUUUGGUGGCUAUUUAUUAGGAAGGAUGGCGCGAAACGAGGUGAAGAGGAGUAAUGAUAUAAUAUCUGUAAACCUUACGGUAGCUGCAGAUAAUUUAUACAAACGAGCUAAAAGGAUAUCACCUAAGGCGGUUCAUCACAACGAUCCAGACAAGAUAGCGGCCAGGUUGUUGGACGUGUUCCACUGCAGUGUGCAGGAGUGCGGUGGAAUCACGAACUACAACGUCGCUGAGUUUAUAAAAAUAACUAUUAACAGUGAAGUCAAUAAAUUCAUUAAAUCGAUUAAUAACGCCACACAGUACAUUGAUUCAUUGAGGUGACGUUUAUAAAAUAUUUUAUCAAUAAGGCAUUUAAACAAAUUUUGGGACUAAUUUGUACAAUGUAAAAGACUUUAUUACUAAAUUAAAAUAAUACUUAAUAAAUAAAUACUUAUAGGCUCUUUUACCG